CCCAUGGCGCUCUGGUUGACUGUGGUCAUUGCUCUCACCUGCCUCAGCGGCCUCGCCUCACCAGGCCCAGUCAACAAGGAGGACAUUGCCCUUCAGGAGCUCAUGAACGAGCUGAUCAACAUCACCAAGAACCAGAAGGAGCCUCUGUGCAAUGGCAGCAUGGUAUGGAGUGUCAACUUUGCCAACUUUACCACCUAUGCGCAGUACUGUGCCGCAGCGGAAGCCCUGGCCAACGUCUCUGAAUGCAGCAGCAGCAUCCAAAAGAGCUACAAGCAGCUGAACGGUCUCUGCAAGCAACACAGCCCCCCAGGCAAUCAGGCUUCCAGCUUGCAAGUCCGAGACACCAAAAUUGAACUGUCUGAAUUCGUAAAGCAGCUGCUCGACCAUUUAAGGAUCAUUUACCGAACUGGCUAA